GUGCACGCGUUCUUCCAGGGCACGAACUCGAACACAAGCCUUCGCCAGCAGCGCCGCACCAAAAUCGAUUCUCCGUUAAAACGAACAGUGAGCCAGUUUCUCCUGAGCAACAAUGUCCACUGGCACUCAGAAAUCAGCGAAACGCACCGGACGAGAAAGGGCCGCUACUCUAUGCAAUUUGCAGAAAACACACAAAGCAGCCUUGUUCCCUCAGAGUCCUGAGUCUGCAGAUGACCAGUCUCUUCCUAGCAGCCCUGAGCAAGCAGUUUUGAGGAACCAAUACGUAGAGCCAGUGAUCGCUGUUCAGCUGGCCCCAGGCAGGGCCGAUUUCCUGGAGACUGGGAGACGUCUCGCGGACCUGAGGACUAGACUGAUCAGCACUGGACAACUAUUUGAGAGGGACAGGGGUACCGAUAAAGCCCCCAACAUUGUAGCGCUGGGCGGAGUGGAAGGGAUCGGAAAAACCACCGAAGUGCAGAAGCUGGCGUUUGACUGGGUCAAUGGAAAGGGGCUUGAGAAGUUUGCGUUCGUGUUCCUGUUUAAAUUCUGGGAGCUAAACAUCCUCCAGAAGGAGGCGGUAUCUCUAGUUGGUCUCAUCGCCUGGCAGCACAAACACCUCAAGGGGAAGGACUUGGGAGAAAUUCUGCAGAGACCGGAAUCCCUCUUGUUCAUUUUUGAUGGCUUGGACCAGUACAAGCACAGCCUGGAUUUCCCGAGGGCGCAGCUCUGUUCCAACGUGGAGGAAGCCGCUCCUGUUCACAAGCUGGUCUCCAGCCUCCUGGCCCAGGCUUUACUGAACGGCUGCUCAGUGCUCAUCACAAGCCGGACGACCUCGUCAUCCCUCUUCGAACUACUGGACACUGGCAAAGUCGAUCUCUAUGCCGAGAUUUACGGAUUCGCCCCGGAACAGAGGAAGAGAUUCUUCGGGAAGUUAUUUGGUGGCAGUCGGGUUGCCGAUGAAGCCUUCCGUUACGUGGAGCAGAACGACGGUCUGUACUCCCUGUGCUUCAGCCCUUCUUUCUGUUCCAUCUUCGCCUCUGUGCUCAAGUCCUGCUCGGCUGCGCGAGAGCGAGAGCUGGAAACUGUGAGUGAGAUGUUGGUGAACUUCGUUUGGGGCAACAUGCUCCCGGCCCCAGGUAAAGCAAGAGAGAAGCGGGGGGCCCUGCUGAAACUGGGAAAGCUGGCUUUCCACGGCGUGUCUGAAGGGCUCUCUGUGUUUUACGAUGAGGACCUGUGCUCAUUCGGCCUCACAUUCCCCAAGCGGUUCCUCCCUGGGAUUUUCCAGAGAGAGAGCCUGCAGGGGCGCUGGAGCUACACCUUUGCUGUCCCCCCCUUGCAGCAGUUUUUGGCUGCCUGUUACUUGCUCUUCGACACCUCAGCAGACCUCAAAGAGUUCCUCAAGAAGACGGACAGCCAGAGCGACGUUCAUUUCCAGAUCCUGAUGCUCUUCCUGGCAGGAAUUUCUGAGCCCGCUGUAAUGAAACCUGUGGAUGCGAUGCUGGUAGAGUUUGGGAGGGGCAGGGCAGAAACGGUCCAGGAAUGGUUGAAAGGCACAGCACAGCAGGCUCUGCAGGACCACAGGAAAAAGAAGCUUCUAACCGCCCUUCGAUUCCUCUAUGAAACUCAGAACAAGAGUUUGAUAACAACGGAGUUCGCGAAGGAGAUUUGUCGUAGUCUUUCGUACAACACUUUCAGCGAUCUGGACUGCACAGUGCUGCUCUCUGUUUCCAGCUGCUGCCAAGAUCUUCCAGAGUUCAGACUAAUGGGAUCCUCCUUCACAGAGACAGGCUUCGACAGACUGCUGCCGGCUUUCAGAAGCUGUCAGAAAAUUGACCUGAAGAACUGUCGACUGACCCCAGGGAGUUGUGAAGUACUGGCCUCCGCUCUCUCCUCGCAGCAGUCUCGCCUCACAGCCCUGGAUCUGAAUAGCAACCCUUUGGAGGAUUCUGGAAUCAAACUGCUGUGUACCGGGAUGAAGGACUCAAACUGCAAAAUACAGAACCUGGUGCUGAGGGGCUGCUCGUUCACGGCUGAUUGCUGUGAGGAUCUCGCCGCUGCUCUCAGUACAGACCACUCAAGCCUGGCAGAGCUGGAUCUGAGCUUCAACCAGCUGGGGGAUUCAGGAUUGAAGCGUCUGUCUGCUGGGCUGAGGGAUCCAAACUGCAAGCUGGAGACGCUGGGGCUGAGCAGCUGUGAGCUGACAGCUGGGGGCUGUGAGGACCUCGCCUCGGCCCUGUGCUGCAGCCACUCCUGCCUGCACUCACUCUACCUGAGCGCUAAUGAACUGGAGGAUUCGGGGCUGAAGUGGCUGUCUGCUGCAAUGAGGGAUCCGAACUGUAAACUGCAGGAUCUCGAGCUGUCCGAUUGCUACCUCACCUCUGAGUGCUGUCAGGGUUUAGCUUCAGCUCUGCAGGCAAAGCACUCCCUCCUGAGAAGGCUGCAGCUGGGGAACAAUGAGCUGGGCAGUGCAGGUGGGAGGGUGCUGUGUGCUGCUCUGCAGGAGCCAGGCUGCAAGGUGGAGAGUCUGGGGCUGUCUCACUGCGAUCUCACCUCUGAGCUCUGCCAGGAUAUUGCCUCGGUUCUGUGUUCCGGUCACUGCAGUCUGAGAGAGCUGGAGCUGGCAGUGAACAAACUGGGGGACUCCGGGGUGAAAGUGCUGUGUGCUGCUCUGAGGAACCCAAACUGCAAACUGGAGAGGCUAAACCUGGACCUCACCAGUCUCACAGACACCUGUGUGGGGGAUCUCUCCUCGGCACUCACUACAAGCCGGACCCUGUCUGUCCUGGAUCUGAGCAACAAUGGAUUCACAGAUGCCUCGGUCCCAGCAUUCAGACAGAUGAUAGCGGCCAGCACCCUCAAGGAAAUCCUUUUGUCGGAGGCAGACUUUUCUGAAGAAAGCCUGGAUGUCCUGCUUGAGCUGGACACCCCCGGAAGGCACAUCUCUCUGUAAAGAAUUCCUCAACUGCAUUUAAAGAAAUGUGUAUGUUACAGCUGCACAGAACCUUUCCGCAUCGUUAACAAAAGCAGCACCAAUCAAACUGCAUUCAUAAUCCAUCUAAACAUUUUCUUUUUAUGUAAGUAACCCAGGAGAUGAGAAAGUUUGCCAGGAGGAGGGCCCUGUUUGAUCAGCUAUCAUAUCAUUGUAACCAGAGCAUUCCUGUGGUUUGGUGUGCAAGCAUGCAGAAAUUAACAUUUGGGUUCAAUACACUGUACUGCAGCCACGUAGGACCUGCUUUCGUAUGCUUAAUACUGUGUGUGGCUUCAAUUAGUAUCAUCACUGAUGCUAAUAUUACCGGAGGUGAUCGCCCUUGCACACUGUGCUUGUGUACGUCACACGGUACAGUUAUGCAUAUAUCCAGAGACUGGCUUGUCAAGUUUAGAUGAAACCUGAAAAGAACCUUCUUUAGACUGGGGGGGGGGGGUAUAUAAAGGAAUCUGUCCUCCUGUCUGUCUGUCUGUGUGCAUACUGGGACUGCAGGGCUCCUAUAUCAAUCGUUUCAUGAUGUGGCUGAUUUUUAAUUUAGUCGUGAUGCGAGGGGCGGAUGUUGUCGACUUGCUUGCUAUUUUUUUGAAUGAGUUUCUACCAAUAAAACCAUUUUAUAGUCAAUAUGUGAAGUGUAUGAUUUCUUAUUUUUUUCCGUAGUAUUGAUUUACAAUGAAACAAAGAGGGGAAAUGGAAUUGAAAGCGAGCUGCUUUAACUAGUUGUAAUAUUUCUUUCUUUCUUUCUUUUUUUUUACUUUGUAAAAGCAUAGUGUAAUUGCAUUUAAAAGUGGCUUGAGAAGGAGGGGACGUGAAAGCAUAGAAUAGGAUAGGGAAGUUCAAGUUCCAGUUACAUCAUUUUAACCGUGCAAUUAAAUUACGUAUCAGAAGAAAUGGGGAAAUUGUCGUUAUCUGGUUGACAUUUUGUGUAGCAUUUCAUGUUUGCAGCUCAAAAAAAUUCCAUGUCA